AUGUCAUGUGGGCCCGAGCUUGAAUAUGUUAGUGGCCUCUUUGGGUAUUUCCCUAAUGGCAUUGAUGUUUACUUUGACAACGUUGGUGGUAACAUGCUUGAGGCUGUCCUUAACCAUGUCAACAAUGGCGCCCGAAUACCAGUUUGUGGGAUGAUAUCUCAAUACAGUAAGAUUUGGACAGAGAGGGAAGGGGUCAGGAACCUACUGAAUUUGGUUGGUAAAGAAGUGAGAGUGGAAGGUUUUAUGAUCGGUUCAUAUCUACAUCGCUUCGGGGACUUUGCAAAAGAGAUGCAGGGUUACAUAAAGGAAGGGAAGAUCAGUUUCAAACACAAAAUCUACCAUGGUAUUGAGAGCUUCUUGGAGGGCAUAGCUUCCAUGUUCUCCAGCACAAAUACUGGAAAAGUUAUUCUUCAAAUUUAG